UCAGCCCCAGCCCUGUGGUGUGGAGCUGUGGGGCUGAGCACAGAGCGUGGGCGUCGGCAUAUCUGUCCAGCCACAGAUGUCAUCACUGUUAUGAGCAUAAACAAAUGGCUCCAGAACUGCACCUUUAGCUACAUAAGCUGAAUCCUGAGGAAGGAAACAGCUUAUUCUUGUGUCGGUGGGGGUGGUGCCUAUGAAGCUGGCGGGUUAUGCUGCUGGAGAUAUGGGACUGCAGAGACCAUUGGCUGCAAAACAGGCUGGCCUGGAAAUCUUCAGGUUUCCCUGGAUGUGACUAGUCAAGUGGCGCCAGGAGAUAACGCCUGGGGAGUACGUGACUGAGUCCUCUCCGAGGGGUUUCUUCCACGGCCUCCCACACCGGGGGCACAGCUCCGCUGCUGCCUCCCUGGCCGUCCCUUAUCUCCCCACGCAGACCUGUGCCCUGACCUCACGUGAAACCAGGCCCUGGGCCUGGGCUGCGGAUAAAGAGCUGGCCAGGUGAUGGGACCCCCAUCCGGUGUCCUCACUCCACACAUGGCAUGGUUUGUUCCUGCAGCCUGGACUUGUCUGUGAGUGCACCAAACAAUGUACCAGCAUUUCCUUUUCCUUUUCUUCCUCUCCUUCCAUCCCCAUAAAUGCCAAGAUCAAAUCCUGGGUGAAGAUCCAUAUGAAAUGCCCAAAGACUACCAGCAGGUCUACAGAGGGACAAAAAAUGAUGUCAAAGAGAUCCCAAAGAUUGCAAAGCCCUUCAUUUCUGAAAUGAUCUUUGUGCAAACCAGCAUCACUGCUAUAAGGAAAGGUGCUUUCAGGUACAUGCCCAACCUGAUCAAGAUUUUGUUUAUUGGCAACAAGAUCAAGACAAUUGAACCUGGAGCCUUUGAUAAUCUGGACAAGCUGAGGGACUUGGAUAUCUCUGGUGCCUCGUUAGAAGAACUAUCUGUGGGCACUUUCCAAAACCUCCCAAGCUUACAGAGGCUGGAGCUGAGAGAUAGCCAACUCAGAUACAUCCCCAAAGGCCUCUUUGAUGGGCUGGAAAAUUUGGGAGAGCUCUCCCUGCACAUCAAUGCAAUCCCUUCUCUUCCAGAAGGCAUUUUUGAUUGUCUCGUCAAUUUAACCUUUUUGGACCUGUCUAGAAACAGGAUAACAACUCUUCCUGUGAAUGCCUUUAGCAAACUUACCCGGCUGCAGGUCCUCCGGCUGUAUGAGAAUGAGUUGCAAGACCUCCCAGAGGGACUGUUGGACAGUCAGAUGGAGCUGCUGGAGCUCAGCCUCCAGAGCAACAGGCUCAGGGCGCUGCCACCCAUGUUCCUGAGAAGCCUGCCUCACCUAGAGAAACUCUUCUUGGACAACAAUCUCAUCAGGGUUCUCCCACCUCAGGGCUUUUUUGGUUUAAAGAAAUUGAAGCUGCUGACUCUGGGUUCAAACCAUAUUGUGGAGCUCCCCUGCUGCCUUUUUGACACCAUGCCACACUUACGGGAGCUGGACCUGGGCAGGAACAGUUUGGCCACACUUCCAGAUGGCAUCUUUGUCAACCUCACAUCCCUUGGAAAACUCAUCUUGUCCCACAACCAGCUGUUAGCCCUGCCAAGAGGAGCCUUCACUGGGCUCAGCAAGCUCCUGGACCUCCAGCUGGACACAAAUCAGCUCUCUGCUCUGGAUGAAGAGGUCUUUGCUUCUCUCCCAAAUCUGAAAACCCUCAACCUUCGAAAGAACCAGCUAGAGAGUGUUCCCCGAGGGCUCCUGGACCCCCUGAAGAAGCUCAGCUCAGUGUAUCUGAGUGGUAACCCAUGGAGAUGUGACUGCAACCUCUGCUCCCUGCACAGCUGGAUCCUGAGUAACAGUGAGAAGGUCAAAUUGUCCACCCAAGUCUCAUGCAAGAGCCCACCCCACCUGGCAGGGCAAGCAGUAACAUUGCUGAGGGAUGACCACUUAAUUUGCCCAGCUACUCUGCCUCUUUCAGCUUCUUUUAUCCCAUCUCUGCCAUUUAACUCCACAUCAUCACAAAGGAUGUCAACUUUGCCAUCACUUGGAGGCUUGUUCACAGCAAUGCCAACCUUGCUGUCAUUGGCAGCCUUUCCCAUCAGGACAUUCACAACUGUUCUGUCACCUGUGGUCACCUCUGCCAUGUUGCCAACUGUCCCAACGGAGGGCACCUUCACCACUCCAUUGCUGACUGUGCCAUCUAAGGCCUUUGUCACCACCCCACCAUCAGCUGUGCUUCAGAAGGCCUUCAGCAACAGCCCAUCAAGAACCAAUGUGCCCAAGUCCUUCAUCACCACACCGUCAACAACCGUGGUGCCAAAGGCCUCCAUCACCACCCCAUUACCAACUGCGCUGCCAGAGACCUUCAUCAACACACCAACAACAACUGUGCUGCCAACAGCCUCCAUUGCCACACCAUCAUCAUCAACCGUGACGCUCAGGGCUUUCAUCACCAGCCCAUCACCAGCUGUGCCAACUUCAGCCACUGUAAGCUUCCAGUCUCCUGGGGCCACCCACCCAGAACCUGUGCGAUCCACCCUAGCUUCUGCCACCACACAGAUGCCAACAAGCCCGCUGGCAGCCACCACCAGACAUGUGCUUCCUGUUCUUCUGGUGCCCACCAGACCACUGGCAACCACCACCAGACAAGUGCCUCCUGCUCUUUCAGUGCCCAGGGAGAGGCCAGCCACCAUCCCACAGGGAACACCCAAAACCUCCCUUGUCUCAGCCCCCUCCAUGGCACUCAGGCCAUCCCCCAAGACUGCUGCACUGGGCACAGUCCCACUGGCCUCACACUCCCCAUCCCACCAUGCUCCUGCACCAGGCAGGGAGCAGGACCGUGCCACCACAUGGGACUUGUCCCCAGCUGGCACCCAGCCCACCCCCAGUGCUCCCCAACAUGUUCCUGCCCUGGCAGGCACCGUCCUACUCCCAACGCCUCCCAUCCCUUUGCCGCCAGACCACACGAGCCCCUGCCCAGCCUCCCCGCCCCUGGCCCCCAGCGGUCAUCGUGCCCGGGGCUGGUCCCUGUGGGCCAGUCCACGGCAGUGCCGGCUGUCCCUGGCGCUGGGGCUGGCCGCUCUGGCGCUGCAGGCAGCCUGCACGCUGCUCUGGGGGAUGCUCGCCCUUCUCCUUCACCAAGACACACGACACCGCCCCGGGCCGCCUGUGAGGCUGCUGAGCCUUCAGGCUCUGGCUGAUCCGGGGACCCCCGAGCCAGCUCAGGCACCACUUUAA